UAUGCUCAUUAAAAGUUUGAAACCCUCUUUUCACCAUUGUCGCUCCUCAUUCAUUCUUCUCUCUUACCGGGAAUGGCAAAAGUCUCUCAGCGGAGCAAGAAGACAAUCGUCAACGACGAAAUCAGCGAUAAAAAAGCGGUUGCGGUUGCGUCUGUGUCUUCGUCCGCUUUCCUUAAAUCAAAACGCAAACGGAAGCUGCCGCCCCAAAACGCUCCACCUCAACGCAGCUCCUCCUACAGAGGCGUGACAAGGCAUAGAUGGACGGGGAGAUACGAAGCGCAUUUGUGGGAUAAGAACUGCUGGAACGAGACGCAGACCAAGAAAGGACGUCAAGUUUAUCUUGGGGCAUAUGACGAGGAAGAAGCAGCAGCACGUGCCUACGACUUAGCGGCAUUGAAGUACUGGGGACGAGACACACUCUUGAACUUCCCUCUACCUACUUAUGAAGAAGACGUCAAAGAAAUGGAAGGCCAUUCCAGGGAAGAGUACAUUGGAUCUUUGAGAAGGAAAAGUAGUGGGUUUUCUCGUGGUGUAUCAAAAUACAGAGGCGUUGCAAGGCAUCACCAUAAUGGGAGAUGGGAAGCUCGAAUUGGAAGGGUGUUUGGUAAUAAAUAUCUAUACCUUGGAACAUACGCAACGCAAGAGGAAGCAGCCAGAGCAUAUGACAUCGCGGCAAUAGAGUACCGUGGACUUAACGCCGUUACCAACUUCGACGUCAGCCGUUAUCUAAAUCUACCGGAAUCGAAAAACCCUAGCGCCGCCGCAAAUCAUCUCCCGGAUGAAUCCGAUUAUUACGAUUCUAUGCCCGUUCGAAACCCAAACCACGAGCCAAGAUCACCAGACGGUCAAACUUCGUCAGAGGAUAACGACUAUACGAAAACAGAGGAGACACUCGACCCGGAAGCUAUUCCAUCUCGCCGGAGCUUUCCCGACGAUAUCCAGACGUAUUUUGGGUGUCAGGAUUCCGGCAAGUUAGCGACGGAGGAAGACGUUAUUUUCGGUGGUUUUAAUUCUUUCAUAAAUCCUGGUUUCUAUAACGACUUUGAUUAUGCGCCUUGAUAGUGUUUUGUUGAAAAGUUUUUUUUGUCCCGAAUCUCGUAUCUAAUUUUCUUUAUUGGUGGCAAUUCAUUUUAUCAUAAAGUUGUCAAAUUU